AUGGGGAAGCUUCUGACAUACGUGUUGCACAUUGAGCUGCUGUGGUGCCUGUUGGGUCCCUGCGUCGGUAUUGGCAUCUACUUGUUGACAUAUUUGAACUGGAACACACUGCCGAGUGGAGUUAAUCUGCGGAACGAUGUGGAUGGAAGGUUCGUUGCUGAACGUGCACUCAAUGACCUGGCGACACUGGUAAGCCGUGGACCUCGAGUUGCCGGAAGUGAAACAAACGAACGAUUCGCAGUCGACUUUCUGCUCAACACCGUUGCGCAAAUUCAACGCGAUGCUAGCUCAGAGUUUGAGAUAUCUUACGGUGUGCAGCAGGCGCAGGGUAGCUAUUGGUUGGACUACGAGGACUAUCCCAUCACGAGCGUGUACCGUGGAGUGCAGAACGUCGUCGUGACCAUCGUCCGGAAGAGUGGUUUUAGUGGGAAGUAUUUGCUGCUGAAUGCCCACUACGAUAGCGCCGUCAGUAGUCCGGGUGCGGGGGACGAUGGUACGAUGGUGGUUGUCAUGCUGGAGAUUUUACGGCAACUCUCUCGAUCCGACGGUGCCAAUCUGCUAUGGCAGCACGGUCUGAUCUUUCUCUUCAACGGCUGCGAAGAGAACACCAUGCAGGGAGCACACGGUUUCGUCCGCGGCCAUCCACUAGCGAGCAACGUUGUGGCCUUUCUCAACCUCGAUGUAGCCGCCAACGGAGGCCGCGAGAUCAUGUUCCAGUCCGGGCCAAACUAUCCCUUCCUGAUGUCGUACUACCGCGACCAUGUUAGUCGCCCGUACGCCAACACACUCGGCGAAGAAGUUUUCCAGAUGGGGCUGGUACCGUCGUUCACGGACUAUGAAACGCUAUCCAAGGUAGGCGGUUGGCCUGGGCUUGAUUUCGCUCUGUCGUCCUACGGAUACCUCUACCAUACCGCACUGGACGCGCUGGAAACGAUCUCACCCGACACGCUGCAGCACAUCGGAGACAACAUCCUCGGACUGGUGCAGGGGCUGGUGAAUGCUGACGAGCUGAGUGACAUCGAGACACACCGGGAAGGUACGGCUGUGUUCUUCGACUUUAUGCAUCUGUUCCUGGUGUACUACACGGAGACGGUUGGGCUGAUCAUCAACUGCCUACUGGGGACAUUGUCGUUGGGCCUGAUUAUCGGCACGCUUGUGAUGAUGAUCCGCAAGGAUGGUGCGGCCUGUACGAACAUCCUGUUCGAGGCUGGCAUGAGCCUGAUCGUGCAAACACUCUCCAUCGUGCUGGGAGCGGGCUUAUCCGUGCUUGUGGCCGUCAUCUUCGACGCCUGCAGCCGCUCGAUGAGCUGGUUCUCGUCCACGUGGCUUCUCUUCGGCCUGUACUUUGUGCCAUUUAUCGCCGGCAUGACGUUGGGACCUUUCUUAUACGUUCACUUUAGAAAGAUUCCAUUUCUGCAUGAUCAAGGCCGCGCAAUACUGUUCCUGCACGCCCAGCACUUCAUCUACGCCAUUCUGCUGAUAACACUCUCGAUCGGUGGCAUACGAUCCGCGUUCAUUCUCCUAUUUCCGGUGAUCUUCUACAGCGCAUCCACGAUCGUGAAUAUGAUCAUUCAGUUUCGCCUCCGCAUCUGGAUCUAUGUGCAUCUGGUUGGGCAGCUCAUCCCGUUCGUGUAUUUUUGCUCCCUCACGGUCACCCUGUUCGCCGUGUUUAUCUCGAUGACCGGCCGGAGCGACAACCGUUCCAAUCCGGACUUGCAGAUGGCACUGUUUGCCUCGCUGAUGGCGCUGCUUCUGGUUGGAAUGCUCACACCGUUCAUCGUACUCUUCCGCCGGAAGGUGUACGUCUUUGGUACGCUGCUGCUUAUGUUCCUGGUAACCGGCAUCGUUGCCGCCACACCGCACGGUUUCCCUUUUCGGGAGCGUUCCUCGCCACAACGAUACUACAUUUUCCAUCAACAGCGAAACUUUUAUUGGUCCAAUGGAACACUAAGGGACACGAACUCAAUCUUCUACCUGCAUCCUCAAGACCGUCACACCCCCGACCAGCUGCAGGCCGAAGUAUCCGCCUGGCAGGCCGCACGUCCGCUCGGUGAAGAGUGUGAACGUGAACUCUACUGCGGUAUACCUUUCUACAUCAACCGCUAUCACCGUCAAUCGGAAAGAAGCUACUGGCUGCCGGCCUCAACCGCACCAAACUUUCCCGAACCCGUCCAGCUUCAACUCGCCAGUGAAACAUCGUCUCCAGGUCGCCGUCGGUUAAAUUUCUUGCUGCGCGGACCAAGUCACAUGAGUCUGUACGUGUCACCGUUGUUCGGAAGAAAGCUUGUGAGCUGGAGCUUUAGUGAGACGAUUCCACCGAGUGGAAAACGCUGGAACGACCAGGACGUGUACUUCGUGAACCUCUUUUCCGGUGGGAUGGAAAACACCCGACAAUGGGAGUUCUACAUUGAGGUGGAUCGAUUGCUUGAGGGGCCGGUAGACUUUUACCUAACCGUUGUGGCACAGUACAUGCAUCACGGGGCGGUGCAUCACACGCAAGAGUUUCAGGAGUUGCUCAAUCAAAUGCCACCGUACGCCCACACCGUAGCAUACCCUGGGUAUCUGGAGAGCAGGGUGUACUAA